AUGGAAUAUAUUGAUGGUUAUCGAUCAUGUUGUAAAUAUUAUUGCAAAGGAAAUGUUAAUAUUAUUCUUUCAGCACCACAUGGUGGAAGUUUAAUACCUAAUGAUGUACCUGAUCGAACAGAAGGUAUAUGUAUUCGUAGAUCAGAUGAAAAUGAUACUUUAUUGGAUAAACAAUUUUAUAAUACAAAACUUGUAAAAGAUAUUCAUACAGAUGAAUUUACAGAAAAUGUAGCAAAUGAAUUAUUUGAAAGAUGGAAUUUUAAACCAUUUAUUAUUAUUGGUAAAUGGCAUCGUCAAAUAGUUGACUUUAAUCGAGAAAUUCGUGAAGGUACAUUAAAUCAUCCUGAAGCAGUAGCUGCAUAUGAAAAUUAUCAUUUAAAUUUAAAUAAUGCAAUUUCUCAUGUAAAUCAAUUAUUUAAUAAAGGUCUUCUUAUUGAUAUUCAUGGACAUUCACAAGGAAAUUAUACUAUGAUUGGAUAUAUGUUAUCAAGUAAUCAAUUAAAUGAAGAUGAUCUAUCUCAUUCAUCCUGUACAACAUCAAUUGAAUCAUUAUGUCUAUCAAAUAGAAAUGAAUGUAUUCGUGGCGAAAAGUCAUUUGGAACAAUACUUGAACAAAAUGGAAUAGAUCCUGUUUAUCCAUCGUUAAAACAUCCAAAACCAGAAUCUCGAACGUUUUUUUCUGGUGGUUAUACUAUAUGUAAUUAUUUUUCAAAGAUAAAUGCAAUUCAAACAGAAUUACCUUAUGUUAUUCGUACAGGAGAAAAUAAAUGUAUGAAUGCACAACGAUUUGCACAAACUAUUGUUGAGUAUAUGCAAAUAAACAAUUUAUUAAUAUCGAAUUAA